AUGCCGCCCCAAAUCAAACAGGACCUUAACCGGUCAGGAUGGGAGUCCACCGACUUCCCAUCGGUCUGCGAAAACUGCCUACCCGAGAAUCCAUACGUCCAGAUGCUCAAAGAAGACCACGGCGCCGAAUGCAAGAUCUGCACCCGUCCCUUCACCAUAUUCCGAUGGAAAGCCGACCGUACGGCGCGCACCAAGCGCACGAACAUCUGCCUUACCUGCGCCCGGUUAAAGAACUGUUGUCAGUGCUGCAUGCUCGAUCUGUCGUUCGGUCUCCCGAUCGUGGUUCGCGAUGCGGCGCUAAAGAUGGUGGCGCCCGGUCCGGAGAGCUCGAUCAACCGUGAAUACUACGCGCAGGGACACGAAAAGGAAAUUGAGGAAGGGCGAGGCGCUGUCGAGGAAUACGAGAAGACGGAUGAGAAAGCACGCGAGCUGCUUCGAAGACUCGCGAACAGUGAACCGUACUACAGGAAGCCGAGGCAGCUGGAGGCGCCACAGGAGGAUGGAGAGACAGAAGCCCCUACAGGAGCUCCGGUUGUCAAGAGCCGCUAUGGCAACGCGCCGGGACCUGUACGAACAAGUGACAGCAGAAGAGGCACGCCACUACCUGGACGGGGUCGUGGAGGCGUACGCGGGGGUCGACCCUUCCCUGGCACCGCGCAGGUUCCACCAUCGCAAGCAGAUAUUCUCCCACCGGCGGAUCCAAACAUUACAUCCCUUUUCGUUACGGGUGUCGAAGACGAUCUUCCCGAGCAUGCUAUACGAUCCUUCUUUGUGCAGUUCGGUCAGCUCCGUUCUCUAAUCUGUUCACAUCGAGCCCAUUGCGCUUUUGUCAACUACGCCACCCGCGAAUCUGCCGAAGCCGCUGCCAAACAUUGUCAGGGUAAAGCCGUCGUUCAGGGCUGUCCUCUCCGAGUUCGAUGGGGUAAGCCCAAGGCGUUGGAUAAUAUGGAUCGGGAGGAACGGUUGAAGUACGCUCGAGAGGGUCGGCAAGCUGUAGGGUCGCCGAGGAACGCGGAUCAAGGCACAAAGGCUAUAACGGCCGGUACUGAAAAAGAGCAACGCACCCAGCAGAUGGCUGUCGCUCCUCCGCCUGGUGCUGGAGAGGUUCAGUAUUCGAGUAUGUCUGGUGAUUAA